AUGGUAUUAGAAACAAGUCAUGCAACGAAUUCAUCAUCAACGAUAGAAAAUGUAACUGUUAAAAGAAAAAAAUUAUGGAUUAUUCUGGGUAUUACUCUUAGUAUCAUAGUCAUUGCAGCAAUAGUUAUUCCAACUACUAUCGUUCUUACAAAAAGGACAAAAGCACCAAAACCAACAACAACAAUAACUACAGCAACAACAUCAAAAAUAGAAACAACAAAUGAAAUUAUGAAUUCAUCAGAUAUGACAAUAACAAGCACAAUGACAAUGCAAACGACAGAGAUAUCAACAACAGAUGAAAUUUUGUCAAUAAAUAAAGGUAUGUAUAAAAUAUAUCAAACAAAUUUGACAUAUAAUUAA